AUGGACUUUCCGAUCACGUCUCGAGGGCUGGGUGGCCCGGUUUUUUGUUUCGCACAUAUAGUGUUUCGACAGGUGGAGGUUUCCCACGUGUCGAGCUCAGCCGAACUGGCAGUCAGCGUCCCCCCAUUGUCGUUCUCUUGCCCCCACCCGCUUCCGCACUGCGCCGCGAUGGACCCCGCCGUGAAGGCCGCGGGUGAGCUAAACACCAUCUUUGGUCGCCUCGGGGUUCUGUGCGAGGUUUGCGUGACAAGCGCGGAGGGCAAGCACGUGAAGGCGACGGCAAACUUGGAGGAGGGCUUUGCACUGUUCGAGGAGCUGCCCAUUGUGUCGUGGCCGUCGCCCUCGCUGCUGGCGCUGUCCACUCCUUUCUGUUUUCAAUGCCUCUGUCUCAGCAGCCACCAACAGUUGGCUUCUGAGGCAGAUGCGGAAUCGCCAUCCGCCGCCGGCUCGGCUGCGCUUCCCAAGUCGUGGUCGCAGUGCGCUCACUGUGUGUCCUACUUCUGCUCUCCCGAGUGCCAGCAGGCCAGCUCACGCGUGCAUCGCUUGCUGUGUCCCUGUCUGUCUGUAGUGCGGGAGAGCCACGGGGGGAGAGGCGGGCCUGGCGGUGCGGAGGGUGUCAAGGUGACGGCGACUCAGUCCAUCUCUUCCGCCCCCUCCUCGCUUGCGUCGUCCUCGACAUCAUCCGAGAUUACCUUGGAGGCCCUCGCCCGCUGCGUUGCCUGGAUCACCCACCGCCUCUCCUACGUCAUUGAACAGCAGCAGCUAACGCACGAAGUGCUCCAGGCAGACUACGUCUUUCAGCAGCAGCAGGAGGCUGGGGUCUCUGCCCGUGGCGACACCUGGUCCACCGCCUCCCUGAACUAUCAACUCUUCACCCAAAUCGUCACGCCCUUCAGUCGACUCAUUAGCCCGCCGGACAACGUGGAGUUCGACGGUGUGUCGCUCGCUUCCUGGAUGGCGAAGCUUCGCCUCUUGUUGGCCGAGCGGUGUGCCACGCAGCUACUCGUUGCCAGCGAUGCACCGUUGUCCGAUGUUCAGCGGCACACACUGACGUUCGACGAGCACCAGCAGCAGCAGACGGUGCCGGCGCCAACCCUACUGUGGGCUGAGGCUCUUGUGCAGGUAAUCUUCAGCACCGACACGCUCCGCACCCUAGUUGGUCAGAUGGUGCUGAACGCGCACGCCAUCAACGACUAUGUGCUGCCGCCUGGCGAAGCGCCGUCCAGCGGCGUGUUUGACUGGGUCUUGAAGGGUGCCGGCCUCUACUCCCUGCUGUCAUGCUUCAACCAUUCCUGCGUACCCAAUGUCGCCGUCAGCGCCGUGGAUGGAACGCAUGAGAUUGUGCUCAAGACGACACGGUCCAUCCGGGCCGGCGAGCCGCUGGCAAUCACUUACAUUCCGCUAACUGCCGGUGCCACGUCCCGCGCGGAGCGGCAGCGGCAACUGAAGAACUACUUCUUCACCUGCCACUGCCCGCGGUGCGACAUGGAGGCGGCGUCCACCGCGAUGACUGGAGGCGGCGAUGCCGUCUAG